ACACCAAGAUCCUGUCCUGGUCACUAAACAUGCUAAAUGACCAGACACAAGAGUUUUCAGGUAGUUCCCUGGUUGUUAUAAAUACAGGUUCAAUACUUGAGAAAGAAUCAGUUUGGAAUUGGUUCGAGAAGAAGCAGAAGGGAAUAUUAGAAGAGAAACAGGCUUAUACUACUUUGAUAUAUACUUUCACGACAGGAAAAUAGAACUUCAGUGUCAUAAGAAUAAUAACUGUGUGAUUUAGAAGAUGGAGCUUUCACUGAUUUUGGGGUGCAUGAGCAUUUUGUUCAUGGGCACCACCUAUGCGGAGUACAACUACAAAACUGGCUAUGUAAAUGCACAAGGAGUUCCAAAUGGUGGAGUGGAUAUUGCAGCACCGUCGUUUGAAGCAAUGAAAACUUUUGGCACAGCACAGGGCGGUGAUGCAUUUACAACUAUUAUGGAACAAAAUAAAGCGAUGAAUGACACUAAGCAAUGUAUGGAACAGGGGGACAUUCCCGUUCCGUGUAACAGCACCAAUCGUCAAAGACGAAACGCACUACGCAACCGAGGAGCGAGGUGGAUUAAUGGGAUCGUUCCAUACGUUAUCGACGGCUACUACGAUGCUGCCACAAGAGGGCGUAUCUUGAGAGCCAUGAACCGUUACCACGACACCACCUGUCUCAGAUUUGUACAGAGAACGAACCAGCAAGACUACAUCUAUAUCUUCCCUGGAAACGGGUGUUAUUCCCUGGUCGGCCGUGUCGGGGGACAACAGCAGGUUUCUUUGGGAGUUGGAUGUACUACGAACUUGGGUACGAUCGUCCACGAACUUAUGCAUGCCGUCGGAUUCCACCACGAGCAAACACGAACAGACCGCGAUGAUUUCGUCUACAUCUACCGCCAAAACAUCAUCAGAGGUCUGGAGUAUAACUUUGAUAAGUAUGAGCAAACAUACAUCGACCAUCUUGGAACCCAAUACGAUUACCUUUCCGUCAUGCACUACCAUAUGACUGCGUUCACAUCAAACGGACAACCGACCAUCGUAGCUCGUGACACGAGGUACCGACUGGAUUACCGUUCCGACUUCAGCGAAAAUGACAUCAGGAAAAUCAAUAUCUACUAUCAAUGUGAUGGUACGACUGUUGAUCCAACUACCCCCGAGGAAGAGUGUAUGGAUAUGAAUGAAGGUUGUUCAGCCUGGGCUCAAGCUGGUUAUUGUCAAACCAAUCAAUGGGUGAUGACUAACUGCAAGCAAAGCUGUGGGACAUGUACUCCUACUCCUACUACAGGUACCGGCGGAAAUGAUUGCAUGGACUCACACAGCAACUGUGCGGCGUGGGCUCAGGCAGGAGAGUGUCAGAUCAACCCAACAUGGAUGUUGGUUAAUUGCAAAGUUAGUUGUGAUCAGUGUGACACCGGCACCAUCACUGAAAACUGCAAAGACCAGAACGAUAACUGUGAAGUAUGGGCCAAGUACAUGCAAUGUACUGAAAACCCAAGUUACAUGCUGGAGUACUGCCCCCGUUCAUGUGGACAAUGCAGUAGUAGCAAUUUUAUGAACACCUGUGAAGAUUACCAUGACAACUGUGAAUACUGGGCCAGUAAUGACCAGUGUCAAGAAAAUCCCGGAUACAUGAACUACGAGUGUAGGAAAAGCUGUAAUCUCUGUGUUGCGAGCUCACCAGUACAGUUGCUACCUCAAAUUGAGUGUCAGGACACCAGUGGAUACUGUCCUAUCUAUUCCGAGGAUGGGAUGUGCGAGUCGAAUCCAUCCUACAUGGGCCUUGUUUGUCCCGAUACCUGCCGCAUGUGCCCCGGUAGAUCUUACCCAGACAACGGAGCCAGUGGACUUCGAUCUUUCUUCGGAUUUAUCGGUGCCCUCGUCGUCUCUUUUCUCGCUCGGAAAUUAGCUUUUUAGAGAUUAAUUGGUAUGAUCGACUCAUAUGCAGUUAAUCUGCCAAAUGUUGAUAACGAGUUUGCGAUUGGUUAUAUAGACAACCUUUACAUGAUAGAGCACAAAAUCCGAAAAUUGUGCAUGGAUUUACUAUUAAUUUGGAUUAUCUAUUUAAUAUGUUUGGUGACAAAACGAUGAUCCAUGAUAUAUUGUGAUUUCGUCCUUCGAUAUCUCUUUAAGACAACAUCAACAGACAUUUUCAAUAUAUCUUCCAAAAAAAACCCACUAGCAUACGCAAUAUUUGAAAUUGUGAGUUUAUUUUGUUAAACAGUCAGGCUGUAAGCUAAUGUUUAUGCUAUUUGUGACGAAAACAGUGAAGUUCAUUGAAUCAUUAUUGGGUCAUGUAAACAAACCGUAUUGGUGCGUGUUGUGUCAUUUAUUUAUGUUAUUUCUAUUUGUACAUCUCUUUGCUUGCCAUGCUUUAUGUAAAUAGCGGUAUAUUUUCUUAUUUAUUAUUUUAACAAAACUACCACGAACACAAUCGUUUUGUUAUUUCGUUGUAUCAGCGGACAUGGGAAUGGGGGAAUGGGAAAGUAUAGAAUUCUAAAUUUUAAAUUUUAUUUCUUUAAGGUUCUUUCAUUACAAAAUGAAAACCUAAUUCAUAAAGUAAAAGCAUGUCGAAAGAACUAGUGCUUUUGAUAUUUCAUUGUGUGUGAUUUUUAUAGGGAAAUUUUAUAUAUGAAUUAUAAAACAUUUGUAAGUGAUAUUAUGUACUUGUGUAUUACCAGCUUUUUUAAUAAAAGUGAUAUUGUGCCGGACACCGAUACUAUUCUUUACAUUCCAAGAUGAAAUAAAAUGGAUUAAAUGA